UCGUGCGGCUUCCGCCGGCCCGACCAGCCCGGGCCCGGCGCCGGCCGCCCGGACGGCGAGCUGCUGGAGGCGGUGAAGCGCCACAUCCUGAGCCGCCUGCAGAUGCGCGAGCGGCCCAACAUCACGCACGCCGUGCCCAAGGCGGCCAUGGUCACCGCGCUGCGCAAGCUGCACGCCGGCAAGGUGCGCGAGGACGGCCGGCUCGAGAUCCCCAGCAUGGACGGGCAGGCCAGCGCCGGGCCGCCCCACGACCAGCUCUCCGAGAUCAUCAGCUUCGCCGAGACAGAUGAUCUGGCCUCGUCGAGAGUCCGCCUCUAUUUCUUCAUCUCAAACGAAGGGAACCAGAACUUGUUUGUCGUUCAGGCCAGCCUCUGGCUUUACUUGAAGCUGCUUCCGUACGUCUUAGAGAAAGGCAGCAGGCGAAAAGUAAGAGUCAAAGUCUAUUUCCAGGACCCGGACACUAGCAACAAGUGGAAUGUGGUUGAAAAGAAAGUUGAUCUCAAAAGAAGUGGUUGGCACACUUUUCCCAUGACAGAGGCAAUCCAGGCUCUAUUUGAGAAAGGAGAAAGGAGACUGAACUUGGAUGUUCAAUGUGAGGGCUGCGAAGAGUAUUCAGUGCUGCCAAUUUACGUGGACCCUGGGGAGGAAUCCCAUCGGCCUUUUUUAGUGGUGCAAGCCCGAUUAGCUGAUAACAAACACAGGAUCCGGAAAAGAGGUCUGGAGUGUGAUGGCAGGACCAAUCUAUGUUGCAGGCAACAGUUUUACAUUGACUUUAGACUCAUUGGGUGGAAUGACUGGAUCAUAGCGCCAUCAGGUUACUAUGGGAAUUACUGUGAAGGGAGCUGCCCGGCCUACUUGGCUGGCGUCCCAGGGUCAGCUUCCUCCUUUCACACUGCGGUAGUGAAUCAGUACAGAAUGCGAGGGCUGAACCCGGGCACCGUGAACUCCUGUUGCAUCCCAACCAAACUUAGCACAAUGUCAAUGCUGUACUUUGACGAUGAAUACAACAUUGUGAAAAGGGACGUUCCCAAUAUGAUUGUGGAAGAAUGUGGUUGUGCUUGAUUUAAGGUGUGUUUUAAGGGGGGGGAGAGCGAGAGAGAGAGAGAGAAAGAGAACAUCCCCGUGCUAGAUGGUGUUGGAGGAAGUUUCACUCUGUAUCCAGGCAUCGGUGUUGAAAAGUCACUGUGGACAAGUUUGACAAAAACAAAAAAUGUUUCACUUUGGUGUCGGGACAGUGGCAGUUUGUGGAUCUUGAACACUUAAAUAUUCUAUCACUUAUAAAUGAAUGCUAAGAGAUACCUUAAAUGCACACACGCAUACACAGCCACAGCCACGCGCGCACACACGCACCCAGCAGUUUGGAAAAGGGAUACAAGAAACAGGAAGUCAGUGACUAGUGACAACCUAACUAAAUGCUUGCCAGUACAAGUGAAUGGCUAAGCAGCUGUUUCCGCACCUGCCAGUGAAGUCAGAUUAAAAUGAGCUCUCUUUGCUCAUACAAAAGCACAAGGAAAAAAACAAAACAAAAAGAGAACGUAAUCUAGUGUUGCACGCAGGUGUCAAAAAUGACCAAACUUAAAAAGGACCAUCACCUCCGAGGUCUAAAGGGAAGCUGCAGAACACCUGCUUAUGUAGGUGAUCACAUCCUCUUAACAUAAGUCUCAUCACAGAAAUCCUUAUCUUCCUACAGCACUUCCAGUAAGGAAUACCAUACCAUAACAUCAGAGAGAGAAAGAGAGAUACGUAAGCAACUACUGUAAUUCUGACGUAAGACUGUUGCUAAAUGACGUGUUGGGUCGGCAUUAUUUGAUGCUUUAACAGACCACUAGAAAUCCAUGGACGGCCCUGCCUGUUGCGCCAUUGCAAAGGGGAUUUUUGUCUCGUUUCUGGAGCAUUAGCAUGUUGUAUCUCACUGUCCUAAGAACAAAGAAAAUCAAAGUUGCAAUCUGUGUUCUUCAACAGGGGACUCGGCAAGGACACAUCACACGGGGGAAAAAACAAACAAACAAGCAAACGCUACUGCGACUAGACCAAUGAACCCUAAAAAGGAAUUACAGUAACACAGUGGAGACAUUCUGAAAAAAUGCAGUGCAUUUAAUAACAGGCAAGGAACAUUUAACAAGUCUUGGAAAAAAAGGAGAGGAAAGUGCUUUCGAUUUCCUUACCAGGAGGUGUCGAGGAUGGCCAUAAAGAUCAGAAAACAGUAAUACAGCAUAGCACUUGCAAACUGCUUGAAUGCACGUAUUAUAGCACUUGCAGAUUUCAAUGCCUUGAAAAGUGGUACUUGAUAGUGCACUUAUCUUUGCUCACUAUCUAGGUAAACAGGUGCCGCAUGAGCUAUGCAAUGUAAAAUGUUGACCCAUACUAGACAAAACUGGACUGAUGAAAUGACUUUUUUAUAUUUUUUUAUACUUGAAAUUAAAUCUUUUGCUUCUUUUUUAAAGCGAAUGAUUGCUUUUAAUGUUUGCACUGAUUUAGUUGCAUGAUUAGUCAAAAAGAAAAAAAAACUGCCAUUUGGAAAAAAAUGUUAUUUUUGUAGCAGCAAAAAAUGAAAUACAGUUAAAUGUAUUAUACAUAAAUUUUGGAACCAAAGAGGCCAACAUAUUAGUUUAUAAUUUUUAUGAGAUGGCAAAGCCAUCACGUAUUAUGUAGUUGUACUGAGCAAUCCCUCACGAGGCCUACCAACUAUUUCAGGGUACAAAAUGAAUUCUGUUUGUUCUAUUGAUGUCUUUUCUAUACCAUACGCACAUGGACUGUAGAGUGGAAAUGACUAUUGUAGUAUACAUUACAAUAUGUGCAUCCUUUAAAUCCAGUUUUUAUGUUUAUUUAAUAAAGUUCCUUUUAGGUUCUGUUCCAUAA